GCCGACAACACUGAAAAAAAUUUUUCGCAUCGCGUUGUGGAGUUUUUUUCCCGGUAAUAUCAUCAGCUAGCCGCGAGCACUGCCAGCGCCUUUCAUUGAGCCGGUUGCAACUCUCACACAACCGGAGAACCGGCCGCCUUCGAGGAUCAUCAGAGCCACACAGAGCCUUUUAUGCUUGAGCAGGAUUAGGUGCUGCAGACGCUAUCGCAUCGCCUGGUGGUGGCUAGACAGAGAUAGCGACAGCUAGAGCCAGGGCAGGAGUGAGCGCGCGAGCGAGAUAGCCAUGUCGCGUAGCGUGCGGGCGGAGACGCGCAGCCGGGCCAAGGAUGACAUCAAGCGGGUGAUGCAGGCCGUGGACAAGGUGCGGCACUGGGAGAAAAAGUGGGUGACCAUCAGCGACACGACCAUGAAGAUCUACAAAUGGGUGCCCAUUGCCUGCACCAGCGAAAAGAAGUCCAAGCUGCAGCCGCUGAGCACGAAGCUGAGCGACAAGGAGAACUCGCAGAAGGGCACGCCCACUCCGCCACAGAUAACGCCCAGCUAUGGGGGCCUCACCGCUGAGGACUCCAAUACAUGUUUCUCUGUGGUGUCGGAUAGCCAGGGAGCGGACUUUGUCUCCAGCAUGCCCUUCUCGGAGGACUCCAACUCGCAGGGCAGCGACGGGCCCGUGAAGCGCCUGAAAACGAGCGACUAGCCAAACAUUCACAGCCUCCACAGCAGCAGCAGCAGUAGCAGUAGCAGUAGCCAUUAGUCCCUAAAUCCAGCCUCAUCUCCACCCUCAGUCCCGAUAUACGGUUAGCUUAAGUUCGCUUAUAAACUGCCUCAGCCCAAGACUUGAGCAACACCCCACACCCAUUCUAGAAGUAUAAGUCCACCAGCUGUCCUAAGUCCUAGGUCCAUAGCAUUAGGCCCCCCAAUUGCGACAUUUUAUUUAUUAACACCCGUGCACCGUGCACCGUGCACCGUGCACCGUGCACCCUGCCUGCAACCCAAGCCAAUCACUCACUCCUCUGUGCAUUGUGCAAGUUUUAAGCUCUCAAUUCUUUAUGUACAUUUAAGCAUACAAAAUGUUUGAUUCGUGCAUGUGUUUGUAUCUAUGAAGUCAUUAUUUUAUGUACAAUGUAAACGUUCAUGUCCCUGUUCAUCGUCAUGUAUAUGCACACAUUUUGUGUGUACACUGCAAUAUUUACAUAAAUGUUUUGUCGCUAUCAACCCAACGCUGUAUAUUGUAUGUACUCUAUAUAGAGACCUAAGCGGAAAGUGGAUCAAUAUAUGGAUAAGAAUUAAUAAGAAAAUAUAUGAUAGAUAUACCUAAAAUAUAGAAAAAGAAUGCUAGUACGAGUCUUAAGAGGAAUAGGGAGUCUUUGGAUGAUUGUUUCAAUUUGGAUUUAUACAAAGUAAUAAUAAAUACAGCUACAGAUUGAUAAGGAUUAAAA